GUGACCGUUCGAGAGCAAAGCAUGCUGGGUGUGAUGGAGGCGCUCACCAACAAGCCCGAAUGGCGUCGUAAAGUCUUCGACGAGGCCAUUGUCGCUAAAUGGGGCAGUGAGGUCGUGGACAAUGACCCCGAUGGGCGAAACUUUACGGACGACAUGUUCGAUUACUGCAUCGCAGAGCUCCGGAACAAGGCCAAGCAGCAUGAGGACACCGGCAUCGUGCGAGUCUUAGACAUUGUCGCCUCCGUGGUAAAGUCCGACGAAUUAGUUCCGGAAGAGCUGCGAUUGAAACUGAUCGAGGCCGUCAAACUGCUGGAGAAUGUCCCAGAGAAACAAAAGGACUGGCAUCCUGGCUCGGAUGAGAAGGUUCUGGACUUAGUGCAUCCGUCGCUGUUCCCUCUGAUUUACGGUGUCUCUCGCGUGUUCCCCACGGAGGCAGAGAAGGUCGGCGUCCAGGACUGCAUGAAGAGAUGUGGAGAGGGCGAAGUCAUCCGGGCCCCCAAAGGUCAAUUCGGGGAUUAUAACGGCUUCAUUUCCCGGAGGUUUCAAUGGCUGCCGAGCGAGGUGUCAUUCCAAGCAGGCGGGAAGGUGAAGUUUGAAAGCUACGUCAACAACCUUCAUCCGACCCACGAUGCACCGCUCUAUCCAAUCUUGGAGGAGAUCGUUGCACUAGCGAUUCCGCUUUGGAACGAGACGCUCUCCUCCGUGACACACACGCACAACCAGCAGCGGCUGCGUAUCCGCAUCGAUCAUAUCGAAUACGAUUGGCCCAAUGGAGAAUGGGACGACCACGAGCCGGCCGAGGACGAACCGGAUGAGGAGGACAGGGAUGCAUACUAUGACUAUCGGGAGGAAUGGAUGCGAAAUAAUCGAAUUCUCGCCUAUCCCGAACCGGAGACGUAUGAUGAGGAUCUGAAGCACUUCGCAGCGAAUCCUCCACCGCCUGCAGUUGAUCUUCGCAAGCAAAUCCCGAACGGAGUCCAGGUCAUCGUCAAGCUUGCGAACAUUCAUCUGACUCCUGAGAAGCCAGAGUACGAGGGUGGCUCGUGGCACGUCGAAGGUUUUGUGAACGAACACAUUUGUGCUACCGCGUUGUAUUACUACGAUUGCGAGAACAUCACAGAUUCGCACCUAGGGUUCCGCCAGUACACUGACACUAUUGACAUGUCGGGGAAGUCAUACGGCCAGGACGAUAACGAGGGCGUGGAGGUAGUGUACGGCAUCGAGAACGAAAGCCCUAGCGUCCAACCGGUUGGGCGGAUCCUCGCCCGCCAGUCCCGUUUCCUGGCCUUCCCCAACAUCUUCCAGCACCGGGUGGCUCCAUUCCGCCUCCAGGAUCGGACGAAGCCGGGCCAUCGGAAGAUCGUGGCGCUCUUCCUCAUAGACCCGUACGUCAAAGUGAUCUCGACGGCCAACGUCCCUCCCCAGCAACGGGACUGGUGGGCGGAGGAGCUACUGAAGAACGGAGGCAUUGGAGACCUCCCUGCCGAGCUAGUCGGGCAGGUCGUGAACGAUGUGGACGAUUUCCCGGUCAGUUUGGAGAAAGCUAAGGAGCUGCGGGAGGAAUUAAUGGAGGAGAGA